UGCAAGAGAAGCAAGGAUGAAGGAGGAGUUAUAAAAAUUAAAGGGUGUACUUGGCAGGCGACUGAAGGAAAACUUCCAUCUUCAUCCCAGGUCUCAAUUUCCAUAAACACCUCAUAAGGACACAUAGGAGGGAGUUUAAAAGAAAUAACAGAGAAAGAGAGCAUAGCAGACUGAGAGAGGAAGAGUGAUUGUAUAAAAGUGAAAGGUGACUUUGAGUCACUGCCACACGCAACUUUGUGUAGAGCCUCCAGUACAAAGAAAUACAGGUGGAAGUUUGUACACCAAACUAGGUUUACAGAAGCCUUCACGGACAAGAAAAUUGAAAGGAUAUACAGGAAACAUCUGAAUUUGCAGGAUGAAGUUCCUUGCUUUCCUCCUUAUUUUAUCCUUGUGGGAUGUCUCUUGGUGUCAAUAUGAAGAUGAGUAUGAUUCCUACUGGUGGCUUUCAAAUAUGCAGAGCCCACAAUCACAAUAUAAUUAUGGCCCUUCCUAUGAUUAUAAUCCCGCUCCCCCACCUCUUUCUGUUAGCGACUGCCCUCAGGAGUGUGAGUGCCCCCCAAGCUAUCCUACGGCAAUGUACUGUGAUGGACGAAACCUCAAGUACCUUCCUUAUGUACCAUCAAGAGUCAAAUAUGCCUAUUUCCAAAACAAUCAAAUCACUGCAAUUCCAGAUGGCGCUUUUGAUAAUGCUACUGGGUUGGUGUGGCUAGCAUUACACGGGAACCAACUAUUGAGCGAUAAGGUGGGCAGAAAGAUCUUCUCCAAGCUUCGAGGACUGGAGAGACUAUACCUGCAGCAUAACAACUUGACACGCAUACCCAGUGGAUUGCCGCGUUCACUGCGUGAGUUGCAUCUCUCCAACAAUCAGAUCUCAAGAGUACCUGCUAAUGCCUUGGAAGGUUUGGAAAAUCUUACUGCCUUAUUUCUGCAUGAGAACCAGAUUAACGAGGUGGGUAGUGCCCUAAGAGGGCUGAAAUCUCUGGUGCACCUGGACCUUAGCAACAACCAACUUCGUAAGUUGCCAGACACACUUCCAGACUCGCUCGAACAAGUGUACCUAGAGUAUAAUGACCUGAGCUCAGUGCCUGCAGACUACUUCAAGGCUCACCCCAAGCUGCAGUAUGUCAGAAUUUCACACAAUAAACUCACCAAUGAGGGGGUUCCAGGAACAACAUUCAAUACUAGCAGUUUGGUGGAACUGGACCUGUCUUACAAUCAACUGCUCCGUAUACCACCUGUUAACACCAACCUGCAGCACCUAUACCUGCAGGGUAACCAGAUAGAAGAAUUCUCAAUCAAAAGCUUCUGCACGCAUGUUGACAUCACCAGCUUCUCCCAGCUACAGGUUUUACGUCUAGAUGGUAAUGAGAUGAAAAGAAAUGCUAUUCCACCGGACACACCCCUCUGCCUGCGUAGAGCUGAUAUCAUUCACGUGUAAUUCUGCUGAGGAAUGAAUCCUACUUUUUGGCUUUUUGCGAAACAUUCAAGCUAACCAGUCACUCACAGAUAGAACUAGUAUAUGGCCCCAAAAAUAACACUGCAGACAUUCUCUCCCAAAAAUUUAAUUUAGAGUGAGCUUUGUGUUUACAAAGACCAAAAAAUAUAGAAUUUUAUGUCAAAAUCCUUUGAAAAUUGAUUAUAUUAUUAACUCUGCGUGUAAUUAAAUAGGUUUGGCAUAAAGUAUGUGGUGUAAAAUACUUUCCUAACAGAAAGAGAUUUACCAUAAAAAAUAAAAGUAAGAAAGUAAUGCAUCUAUACUAUCACACUGCAGUGGCCAUCUGAAAGGGUGAGAAGUAUUUACAGCACAUCACAGUAACUUAUGGGCAUCUAGUUAUUAACAUUAG